AUGGCACCUUUUGGAAAGAAUGACGCUGAGAGUGUGUCGGGCGUCCAAUUGCAACCAGACACGCCAAACAUUGGAUCGCUCCGCACACAGUACCCAACACAUGCGUCCUCAGCUACCAAAAUUCAGUUAACCAUCCUUGCCACCGCACUCGUCGAUGCACUCGGUGGCCCUGCUGAAUUCCGCGGCCGGUUCUCAUUCCCCUUCAUCGAUACCAUGAAGCCCAAUAAAACUUUUGGCCUCCCCGCUGGGGUAUGGACAGACGACACCUCCAUGACACUCUGUCUUGCAGAAUCUUUGACCACCUACCAGCCACCAACCCAGUCAUCCGAGAAAGGUGGAUUCGACGAACUGCAUCAACUUGAACUCUAUAAUCGAUGGCGUAACGAAGGCCAUCUAUCAGCGAUCGGGAGCUGCUUUGACGUCGGGGCAACUAUCAAUAAAGCACUAUAUAUCUAUGAGUCAUCGAAACCUGAAGAAGCGCUUGAUCGCAUUCAGAGCAACUUGUCGAGCGUCAACUUCUCUGGCAAUGGGAGCUUGAUGCGCAUCGUACCCAUAGGUCUUCUCUACUGGCGUGAUGAAGCUUUAGCAAGGGACUACGCAAGAAGGAGCAGUCGGGCGACGCAUCCUAGUCCCUUGUGUCUUGAAAUGUGCGAGAUGUGGACCGGUGCGAUCGCCACCAUCAUGGCGGAGAGUACACGUGCCCCCAAACCCUCCGCUAAACGAUUCUCAAAACUUGACCUCCUUCACUACAUUUCUAGCUUCCCUUAUAAGACGAUUACACUCCGGGAUGCCCUAGCGAUUCCUUCUCGUAUCCGUCCUGCUCCUGAAGAUGAUGUCGAUCGCGAGGCCUGGUAUUGGCAGCACCAUCCAUUACUCCGACUCAUCGCGGACACCCAACGACCAGGAACAGUUUCCACGAAGACAAAGGGUUUUGCUUAUACUAUCCCUCCGGUCAAGCAGCUGCCUUCGACCGGAUACGUCCUAGAUUCUGCUGUAGCUGCGCUCUACUGCUUUUUUGCCACAUCGACAUUUGAAGACGGUGCAUUGUUGGCGGUGAACCUUGGUGACGAUGCGGAUACUGUUGGCGCUAUCUUCGCAGGUCUGGCUGCUUGCUGGUAUUCAGCAGAGGAAGGAGAUGGAGAUAGAGUGUUCUGGACGACACGAGUCAAAUCAUGGUGCGAAGACUUGGUACGCCGUGAUAUUAUCGACACGGUGGCCAAGGAUCUGUCAGCAAUGAAAGAUAAAGUUGGCUCGUAA